AUGUAUAGGUGCGAUUUUAGAAUAUUUCAUUCGUCUUUAAUGAAAUUUGAAGUUCUUAAUAAAUUUAUUGAUACAGUCACUUGUUUUGAUAUAUUCUUAGUGCAUCGAACGAGUUCACGCAUCGAUAAUAAUGAAAUAUCUGAUUAUCAUAUGAUAAAAUGUGAAGCCGAUGGCGAUGAAAAAUAUUCAAUAAAUAAUACCAACAUGACAUUAACGCCAACGAUGAAUUUAGGCAAUAACGAACAACUCGAUUGUGUUGUGUGUGGUGAUCGUGCCACUGGUAAACAUUAUGGUGCAAUUUCAUGUGAUGGAUGCAAAGGAUUUUUUCGUCGAAGUGUUCGAAAAAAUCCUCUGUACGAAUGUCGACAUCAAAAAAAUUGUAUUAUUGAUAAAGAUAAACGUAAUCAAUGCAGAUAUUGUCGAUGGAAAAAAUGUAUGUUAAUGGGGAUGAAAAAAGAUGCUGUACAAAAAGAACGUGAUCGACUUGGUAGACAACGACAUCAUGAUGAUUUUGAUGGAGAUGAUGAUGAUUUGAGUGUAGCUGCACUUGUGAGAGCUGAACAAACAGCUCAAGAAUUUAUUAAUCGACAACUUCAAUUAGAUAAACUUGCACAAAAUUCUGAACGUAUUCAUGCAACAUUAGAAACAAUUGGAAUAUCAAUGAAUUAUCAAUUAAGAAGUUUAAUUGAAUGGGCCAAAGAUUUAAAAGGUUUCAUUGAAUUAUCAGAUAAUGAUAAAAUUGCAUUGUUACGUGGACAUACCGGUGAAAAUUUAAUAUUAGGUGUAGCCUGUCGUUCAUUACAAUGCAAAGAUCAUCUUAUACUUGGAAAUAAUCAUAUAAUAUCACGAAAUGCUCCUGAUGAAGGUCUUAGACGGGCAGCUAUUAGAAUAUUAGAUGAAAUUGUUAAACCAUUAAAAGAUAUUCAAUUAGAUGAAAAAGAAUUUGCUUGUUUAAAAGCAGUUGUUUUCUUUGAUCCAGAUAAUAAGUCUCUUGUCGAGGCAAAUCGUGUUAAAGAAAUUCGUAAACGUAUUCAAGUUAAUUUAGAAAUCUACAUAAAUCAAAGUCAACCAUCAAUGAGAGGAAGAUUUGGCGAAAUGUUACUAUUAAUGCCACCAUUACAAAAUAUUGCUCGAUUGAUGGUCGAUCUAGUUGCAAAAUAUAAUCAAGAUACAAAACAAGUUGAUGAUCUCAUCACAGAAAUGCUUUUAAAUUCAAAAGACGAUUUGGAUUCGAAUGCAUCGUCUGUUGAGAAUAUGGACGAUAAUUCUCAAGAUCCCUCUGGUAUAAUGAUUAUAAGGGAUAUGGUACCAUAUUUAACAACUAAUUCUAAUUCUAAUAUAACAACACCAACAGAUCGUCAAGAUUUUCGUUUAAAAUCGACAGAUGAUCCUAUUUUAAGUACAUUAAAUCGUACAUCAUCAACAAAUGAUAUUGAUAUUUUAAUAUCACCUCAUACAUCAAAUGAGAAUGAUUACAAUCAACAUAUUCAUAAUUAUACUGAACGUUCUAAAUCUAUAUCGAAUACAUUUACAUACGACUCGAAUGAUAUUAAUUUUCUUUGUGGAUCAUUAACACCACCAUCUAAUCCUCUUCCGGGAACGGUAGAAGAUUACCAUCGAAAUGUUCAUUUUCAUCCUUUAACGAGGCAUAGUUCUAUUCCAUUAAAUCAACAUCAAUCAAAUACAAAUACGGAAUUUUUAAGAUCUUAUUCAACGAUGCCAACACCAUUGUUUGAAAGUAUCAGUCAAAAUACGAUUGACUCAUCUCCAAAAGAUAUUAUUAUCCCUUUUGAUCAAUAUCAUUCGAAUAGUAAUCAUAAUUCAUAUUAUCAGCAAGGUAUAGAUUGGAAACUGAAUACACUACCAUCUCAUUUAAGAUAUAUAACUAAUGAUGGAAGAGAAUUUUCGAUUAAAAAAGAAGAACGUUUACAUCAACUUCAACAGGAGGAAAUGUGUUAUGAUAUCUAG